GGUGAACACCACUUUGACUCUCUCCCGCUCCGGCUCCUCUCCGACGUAAUUUCUGCCACUGCUCGCAGACGGUCACUCAUUCAUUCAUUGCAUGCUAAACGACACCUGGAGCCCUCGCAGUGUCUGCCUCUCUCUCUCUCUCUCUCUCUCUCUCUCUCUCUCUUUAUCCGGCCACCCUGGACUGAUUCUUUUUCGGCCGCACUUGCGGGGAUAUGCGCGCGUCGUUGGAUGUUUCGUCGUUCUUUGGCACCGCCAGCUGGCCCGUUUCACAGCGGCUCCUGUGAGGCUGCAGCGUCGCUCUUCACUCCUCAGGACUGGACCUCACUUCUUUCUAAAGGUGCAGCAGGAUGACGGAUGUUCUGCCCGUGUGUGGACUGCAGCUCCUGCUGGCCCUCCUUCUGCUCCAAGCUGCGGUCUGUGGUGUAACCAACGCAGACUCGGUGGUGAACAUGCAGAAGGUGACCCAUCAGACCAUCAGUGAGGAGCUCUCCAGAACUGUUCUCCUCCCCUGCCUCUUCACCCUCCGCCCCAGCGCCAGUUCAUCCCACGAGCCUCCCAGGGUCAAGUGGACCAAGGUCUGGGGUCAGAGGGGCUCUGACGGUCUGCAGAAGGAGCAGUCGGUCCUGGUGGCCAAAGACAACGUGGUCAAGGUGAAGAAGGCCUUCCAGGGUCGAGUGACUCUGCCUGGUUACAACGCCAACCGCUACAACGCCAGUCUAGCUCUGUCAGGGCUUCGCUCCAGCGACUCUGGUCUGUACCGCUGUGAGGUCGUGGUGGGCAUGAACGAUGAGCAGGACACGGUUCCCCUGGAGGUCACAGGUGUUGUGUUUCACUACCGGGCGCCUCAUGACCGCUACACCCUGUCCUUCACCGACGCCAAGCGGGUGUGUGUGGAGAACUCGGCGGUCAUCGCGACUCCAAGCCAGCUGCAGGCGGCCUUUGCCGACGGAUACGACAACUGUGAUGCUGGCUGGCUGUCUGACCACACUGUGCGGUAUCCCAUCCAAUCGCCUCGUCCCGGUUGCUAUGGGGACCGAGAGGACUCACCUGGUGUCCGUAACUAUGGCAACAGGGCCCCUGAGGAGCUGUUCGAUGUCUACUGCUUUGCCAAGCAGCUUCAAGGUGAAGUCUUCCACUCUGCAGUUCAGGAGAAGUUGAGUCUGGCCACAGCCUCCACCCACUGCCAUUCGCUGGGAGCCCAGCUGUCCACAGUGGGGCAGCUCUACCUGGCCUGGCAGGCUGGCCUGGACCAGUGUGAUCCCGGCUGGCUGGCUGACGGCAGCGUCCGCUACCCCAUCAACGUCCCACGCAAGAACUGCGGCGGGGACGAGCCCGGGGUGAGGACUGUCUACAACAACCCCAACCGUACCGGCUUCCCGGACACCACGGCACUGUUUGACGCCUACUGCUACACAGCUCACCAGCCUGCAGGGGUCCAGGCUGCAGAAUCACAGACUUCAUACCAGACAAACCCAGCAGCAGAGUCCAUCUCCUCAGUCACUGAAGCCCAGCACAGACCUCCUUUCUCCAAAACCUCUACCUGGACUGGUCUGCUCGAUUUGGACAGCACAGGCGCCAACUCCACUGAUGGAAUGAACAGCUCCACUGAGAUCUCUGAAGAGCACGUAGUCCUCCACUUAAAGCCAGCAGAGGGUUUGGGUGAAAACCAGGAUGGACCCAGAAGCAGCCAGACCAGCCAGGAGGAUUCUGACGGCACAGAGAGCAACAACACCUUUGGCCUUCUGGACCUGGAGAGCCAUGGAGGUUCUGCUCAUGAAGAUGGAGGCCGUGUUGGAUCAUCAGACACCGCUACAUUAUCCUCCGCAGCUUCUUCCACUCCCCAGCCUCAGACCAGCAACAGUGUGUUGGCCGAGUUUGUUCACACUCUGAUGAAGCCCUUCAGGUCCUGGAGGGGAGGGGAGGGGGCAGAGGAGACAGAAAUGAGACCUUCAGUGUCUGAGGAAAUAACAAGAGAGAACCAGACACAGGGAGAAGCAUCCACCAUAAACCAGAGCGAACCAAAACCCAGUGUGAAGAAGAGUAACAUGGACAACGCUAUCAUGGAGCACAGGACUGCUGGUUUUUCCUUCAGGGCUCCGACCAGUGGACUCCAGAGUCCAGAGGACGGUCUGUCUGAGCAGGAGAAAGAGGUGAUGCCACUGGUUCCAUUAGUGCCUGCAGUCCAAAUCACAGGGCAAAGAGACACCAUGAGUCGGCCAGGAGGAGGAGCCUCCAUCACCUCCGCCCUCAACAAUCCAUCAACUGUGAACGAGUCACCACCCCGUGAACCUGUCAACACAUCAGAACCUCAGGGUCCCAGAAGAAGCUCUACCUUUGAUCCCGCCCCCAGCAGCCCUUUUAAGUGGGCCAUCAAGUCGAUGCUCGGCUCUAAACUGGGACCCCCAGGACACGUGGCCUAUGUGGGUAAACGUCCCACCUGGGAGCCUAUGGAAGUCAAGGCGGGGCCACUUGAAGUGAUGACUCCGCCCACCUCUGUCAGACAGGACGGUGUGGAGAACUAUUCAGGCCAGGGGAGGGACCAGGAGGAGGGAGGCGACGCCAGCAUUGCACCAUCAGCUGCCAGGACCGUGUCGGGGGAGGAGAGGGAGGCCGAGGGGAGCGCUGACGGGACAGACUUUCCAGGCGGGUUGGGAUUGAACAACAAACCGAGUGCUGAAACUUCCCUCAGCCAAACCCAGACUGAGCUUGUGACCGUGGCAGAGCUCACAACUCUGUCCCAUCGGCAGCUAUUCCAACAAACCACCACCCCGCCCCAGGAGGCCGACACAGCCGAGGAGGCCCAGGGAGAGAUACUCUACGUGCACAGACCCACCGAGAACCUCUCUGAUGAGUCUUCACAGAGAGACUCAGGUUCCACUUCUGUUUUUAAGAAGCACAAAGAGGCCAGAGAGGAGGUAUCAUCCCCGCCUGACGUCUCGAUGGGGGUGCUAACGACCUCCGAGGUGACCACGAUGCAGCUUCACACAACUGGGGACUCGCAGAGGACGGAUCCUACCACCACAGCAAGGCCAGAAAAUCCCUCAAACCACACCGCCACUGAAGAGUCGUCCAUUUCCAUUUCAUGGGUUCAGGACGAAAAGGAGAAAGCAACAAGCACAGCUGACUUGCAGGGCCUGCACCUCUCAGCUACCUCAGCACCCGGUGACAGCGCUCACACAUCGACGGGUGUCGUUCGGCUGAACACCUUUUCCUCGAACAUCGGUGCAACAGAAAUGGAAUCCAGGUCCGCAGUGACUGAGUCCUUCAUCGUAGGAAGUCCUUUCAAAGGCGUGAGCACAAAAUCAGAGAAGAAGGAAUCUUCAACGACGACGGUCGACGAGGACGCCAAAGAGAAACACAACCCAUUUGGAUUUCUGGUACCGGACUGGGCUUUUGGACUCGUCCCCUCAGUGGAGAAUAACCCGUGUCAGACCAACCCGUGUCUCCAUGGAGGGAGCUGCCUGCAGGAAGGGGACGGAUAUAGCUGCUACUGUGCGCAGGGCUUCUCUGGAGAGAGCUGUGAGAUCGACGUCGAUGACUGCCAGUCUAAUCCAUGCCAGAAUGGAGGAACCUGCAUCGAUGAGAUCAACUCCUUUGUCUGUCUUUGUCUGCCCAGCUACGGAGGAGCGACCUGUGAGAGAGACACUGAGGGCUGCGAGCACACCUGGAGGAAGUACCACGGCCACUGCUACAGGUACUUCAGCCGGCGACACACCUGGGAGGAUGCCGAGAAGGAUUGCAGGGAGCACAGCGGACACCUGGCCAGCAUCCACAGCCUGCCCGAGCAGAACUUCAUCAGAGGUCUGAGCCAUGACAACACCUGGAUCGGCUUGAAUGAUCGCACAGUGGAGGACGACUUUCAGUGGACCGACAAGAUGGAGCUGCAAUAUGAGAACUGGCGUGAGAACCAGCCUGACAACUUCUUCGCUGGAGGAGAAGACUGUGUGGUGAUGAUCGCUCACGAGAAUGGCAAAUGGAACGAUGUGCCCUGCAACUACAACCUGCCCUACGUCUGCAAGAAGGGGACAGUGCUCUGUGGAGACCCACCCACUGUGGAUAACGCCUUCCUGAUUGGCCGACAGCGUUCCCAUUAUGACAUCCACUCUGUGGUGCGCUACCAGUGUGCCGACGGCUUCCUGCAGCGCCAUGUGCCCACUGCGAGGUGUCGUGCCAACGGCAAGUGGGAGCGGCCAAAAAUCAUCUGCAUAAAAUCACGGAGAGUCUCCCGUUUCCGGCGCCACCAUCACAAGGGCCAGAGGGAGCACAGGAAGCACAAGAGGCACGGCCACAGAGAGGGAGGCCACCACAAAGGGAAGGCGGGGCAGGGCCACAACCGCACCCACUUCUGAACCAAAACAACACAUGAUUCAUCUUCUUCCUCUGCUGCUAACCUGGUGAACUUCUCCCCCCCAUGCUGUCUCUUUCCACUUGCCCCAUUCACCAACAGUACUUCACAUCUUACAGCUCAGAACUGUUUACCC